AUGAGCUGAUACUGUAUAUAGAAAGGGGAGUGUUCACAAUCACAUUUCAUCAAACCAAAACAGCGAAGACGAUCAUUUCUCUGUCAUAGUAGACACUAGUGGGUGUCGCAUCACGAUCAUACAUACUACAAUGAGCGGGAGAGGGAAGCCAAAAAAAAGUCCAGCCGGGCCCGCGCAAAGAGUCCAGCCGGGGCCAGAACCAGUGUGUGCCAAGAAUGGUUCCGUUGGAGGUUGCCAUGCAGUGAUGGACACGAAGGAAACGCAACAGAUUCCUGAGGAAAAGAAACCCAAGGAGCAUAAUCAGCCUAAGUGCACCACUGAGGGAAAGCCAACUGUGCCACCAGAGACCGGAUCAAGAAUUGUUGACUCACAUCAGGAUAAGAUCCUGUUUACAACACUUGAUAAAUUAAAGAUUAAGAGGACAGAUAAAUCGGAAUCAUCAAGAAUGGUCAAUGACGUGGUAAAGCGUAUAAGUGACCACAUGAAAAAGUGUACAGAAUGCUUCAAAAAUGUAAAUGUUCUGCGCACUGGAAGUUACUACGAAAAUCUAAAGAUUUCUAAUCCUGACGAAUUUGGCGUGAUGUUUUAUUGUCCGGUCGAGCGGGUGGAUAUUCGGACAUUUGGGGAUGAUGGAGCUUUUUAUAGCGUGGCAUUUAAACGGGGAAAACACCCUCUGGAUCCCUUUCUAAAUAAGGAUAAGGACAACACGGUAUCUGCGAGUGAAAUGCUUUCGGAGUUCAGAAACGAAGUGAUAAAGUCUGUGAAGAAACAGAAAGACGUGUUGUUGGAGAAGAAGGGUUGCCCGGCGGUGACCUUAACGAUAAACGGGACGGGAGGAACUGUCCCCAUCUCACUGGACAUUGUUCUGGGACUACAGGUCAAAUCGAGCUGGCCCACUUUCGCCCAGGAAGGCUUCAAAAUAGACAACUUGCUUGGGACCAAAGUGAAGAAAUUACUUAAGUCACAGUCAUACUACCUCGUUCCGAAGUACGAGGGAAAGGGCACGGUGGAACUGGAAGGGGUCUGCGCUAGAGACUCUUGGCGCAUCUCAUUCUCGCAUGUGGAGAAGAGUAUCCUAACAAAUCAUGGCUCCCAGAAGACCUGUUGCGAGGCCAGCGGAAUUCGCUGCUGCAGGAAGGACUGUCUGAAGCACCUGUUAAGCCUUUUGAAGGCAGAGGACCCUAGUCUGUCCAAGUUCUGUUCCUACCACGCAAAGACCACCCUUCUGCACGCAUGCUGCUCCAGGACCAAAGACAGUGACUGGGAGGCGACGCAGCUGGGACCCUGCUUCCAGCAGCUGCUGAGGGACUUUGAGGGCCACCUGAAAGACGGCAAGCUCCCCAACUUCUUCAUCCCCACACACAACCUGCUGGGCUCUGGCCACGACCGCAAGAGCUGCCAGAUCCUGGCCUAGUGCAUUGAGGAGCAGCGCAACAAAGGUUUCCCUGUCUUCGGCUAGUGAGUCGGGACUACCUCGAUCACUGCACCCUUAGUGACUCACCCAAAGCCCCAAUAGACAUAAGUGAAGUACAGCUGUGGUCCCAUAAUGUUGUCUAUUCUAAAAGCAAUGGCAUAGGCAGGAGGAAU